GGUGAUGAUCGGCGAGUCUGUCGCUUGGAUUCGUGUGACGAUAGAGAUAGUAAGCGUGAGUUAUCAGCUCACGUUGAUUACGUCACUGCCCUUUGUACAUACCGCCCGUCGCUACUACCGAUUGAAUGGCUUAGUGAGACUCUCGGAUCGGGUUUUAGGAACCGGCAACGGAUCCUUUCUUCUGAGAAGUUUGUCAAACUUG